UGCUGUUGCACAUUUCACAUUUCGCUUGCCACAGGUUGGCCAGCUUUGGGCCGGGUAUAAAUCGAAUCUGGUCCCGAACACAGAGCUACAUUCAGCCCGCCACUGCUAAGGAGGCCACUUCGCGUAACGGUCUACAGCUUUGAAUAUUUUUUUGAUUGUGAUUCAGUGUGUGAAACGAACAUCCGCAAAACCAUGCUGAAAUUUAUUAUUCCCUGCCUGGCCCUACUUGCCGUUAGUGGAGCUCUGAAGAUCCACGACUACCACCAGGGCCACGAGGAGUACGAGCAUCACGAGACGGAGCAUCACGACCAGUACGAGCCGGAGCACGAGGAGACGGAGCUGCACCACGAGGUGGACCAUAAGCACGCCACGUCGCACCAGAGCGUCAAGUUCCACCACUACCACGCCGUGCCCGUCUACAUCAAGAAGGAGGACCAGCACCUAGUGAAGAAGCCCAUCGAAAUCGGCGGCACCAAGCAGAAGCUGAAGAUCCUGCACCCGAAGAGCGAGCACAACCACAACCACGGCCUGGUAUUGGAGUCACACAGCGAGUCGCACGUCCACGAGCACGGCCACUAUGAGGAGCCGGUGCACCAUUUGGAGCACUACUCGCACCACGAGUAGGACUCGGAAAUGCCAAAUGAGAUAUAGGGUUUUCGUUAGCGUUUAAGGCCUUAAAUUACGUUAAUUUUCUUGUGUUAAUAAAGCGUUCACCUAGAUUGCUAUCCAGA